AAGCGAUACCAUCAUAACUACAUCCAUCCAACUACUACGAUGUCUGACACCAUCUUCCUCAUCGUUCGAACCUUCGCCGGCACCCCCCAUCCCUUCAAAGUUUUCGAGGUAACCCCAAACGGCGAAAUUUGGACGCGGGUAGAAAACCGCAAAGCCAACAGCUACGCAGUAAUAACAGUAGCCAUACGCACAUCUACUGACUCAGAUGCACCUCUAUCAUUCUUCGACGUCAAGGUAGAGUUCAUGCGACCGAAUUACGGAAAAGAAGGCGAUAUCAUCGGGUAUUACGGCACGUACGAGGAUGCCUCAAACCGGAUGCGAGAUCUCUGGAUCGAUAAUCUGGGUGUACAGGCUGAUGAAGAUGAGGACAUGGGUCAUUUUGCUUUUCAGUUGGAUAAGGGUGUAUAUUGGUACUUUGACAUUUUGAGGGUUAGCCUUCCGUCUGCUGCUAAGACUUCAGCUCCUGCUCGAGCUUCCGCGACGGCUUCUAUCUCUACUUCCGCUUCCGCUGCUGCUUCAGAUGCUUCUUCUCCACCUCCUCCCUCUUCUGCUGCUACUCCUGCGGCAGACAGUCAGAGUUCUUGA